AUGCAUGCACAUCGAGCAUCCCAACAUCCUCACAAGAACCCAAGACGACAUGCAGCAGUCAGGACAGCGCCCUCCCUCAGCAUCUGCACGGGCCCAGUUUCCUCACCACCAGAGAUAUGGCCGCCACACCAGUACGAAUCGCCAUGUAACACGACUGCUGAUCUGGAACGUAGGCUGUUGAAAUUGGCCAACGCCAACAACUGGAUGUAUCUAUUGCGAUUAAAAUUGUUGGUGACGAGACCAGAACUACGCAAGCUUGACCUGGGCUUAUUCCUCGACAUGCAACUCCAUUUUCUAUCUGAAGUGAGUGCAAUGAAACGUUUUGGAAGGUGGUGGCUUCGGCAGAGGACUAAGUUCCUGAAAGGUAGAGGCACUGACGCCCAAUGCGAUAUUGCCAUUGCAAUAGAUGAUCUACGCACGCAGGGGAAGUGCUCGGGUAAAGUGGCUCGGCCAGAUCUGAUUCACACCAGUCCUCCAAUAGUGAAAGGCUCUGAUCAGUUUGAUGGCCCCGGCUUAGUGUGUCAUCAUUGUGGCCAACAGUUCCCGUCAGAUCAAUUGACUAAACGAGCCCUCUUGAAGAUGAAGAUCAAUGCGCCAUCCUACGCAUGUAUCAACUGCAUUUCAAUCCAUGUGACAAUGUGCAAGAAGGAAAAGGCUGAUGGUUAUUUGAACAAGCGUCUAGCGAAGACAAAAAUAGAAGAGGACCUCAAGUGCCAAGCACGCAAAACUGUCGACAUGGAAGCAAUGCUUGAGGAGCUCAAUGUUCCGAUUCACACCAUUGGUCCAACGUGCAUUGAGCAAAUAGAGCUAUGCAAACCAAUGACACUUGUCACAUAUAGGCUACCAGUAUGUGCAAAUCCCGAAGAUCCAAUUGAUGGUGCAUCAUUGUCCCCUUUGGCUUUCCUGGAUUGCCAUUGGCCUGAGAAGAGGGCAAGUAAUCACGGUCGCGUUCUUAAUCUGGAGAACGAACAAGAUGGCACAGAAAUCCUAGUCCUCCUCCAUGCAUUUUCCAAGUCGGAAACAGAGCAUAUUGUUAUGCAAAUGAAAGGACCCAGAGCUGGGGCUGCAUCGGGGUACACUCUCCCAGGUGUGGAAAGUAGCCAGCUAUCAAAGUGCACUAAAAAGGGGUGUGUCAUUUUCCCCCUGGUUCAAAGUCCUGGUGGAGGUGUGAUUUACCAUGGCAGCCAUGGUCGACCAGUGUGCUUCAAUGGUGUCUACCCAAAAAUGGACAUGAGACGAAUGAAUAAGAAUCAAAGGGAACAGGAGAUCAAUGGUGAUCGCUCCCAACAGGAUGUGAUUCUGUCAGAGAUGAUUUGUCGGAUCAGGUCUAUUUGUGUGGCUUAUAAGUAUGUGAGCCAGAAGCGAUACAGGUCAGCCUUGCAGACUUGGAAGAAGACUUUAAGAAGAGCCAUCAAGUGGCAGUCCAAAAGAAGGGAUGGUUGCAAGCAGAAAGGGUGGUUCCAUGACAUGAUGGAGAAAUUCGUCUCCAUUCAAGGGCAUUCAAUCCUUGGAGCAUCUCUUCUUAUUGUUGCUGGGACCACUGGAGCAAUGAAGAACCACCAAGCAACAGCAGUGCACAAAGAUGGAAACACCAGCCAUGUUGUUGAAACUUUGGCUUACUACUCCCGUAUCAAGGUAAAUGAAAUGGAGUGUCCCAGCAAUUUUCCCAACAGUGAACCCUUCGCAUAUAUGUUCCUGCCUGACUACUGUGCUGCCCUGGCACUUCGCCCUUGUCUUCAUCUGAUGAAUUGCAGCUUGAAGAGUAUUCGACAUGUGGCAGAUUAUUCAAGGAACCAUUUGAACUGGUCCUGUGCAUAUGGUCCUAAAUAG